GCGUGUGCUGAAUUGGUUCUUAGGCAUGUUGUGCACGAAAAUGUUUGAUUUUAUCAUUUGGCCGGAAAAUUAAUAUAAAUUCGUCUCGGUCGUUGAGGGGGACUUUCCGGAAACUACAGUAUAAGGAAAAGUCUUUUUCUUUUUGCUGUCUUAGCCGCCGAACUCUUCUGGAUUGUCUGCCACGUAUAAGUAUACGACUAUAUAUGAGGUCUCCGGUAUAUCCGAAUCUCUGAAGUAGGCUUAUAAGAACCCGUGAUCCCGCGAAAGCGAAUUUUUCUUUUUUCUUUUUCUAAUUAUUGCUGUGUUUCGGAUUAGUUGUGGUGUUUGUUUCUGGACGGCUGAGAGUUUCCAUCUGAGAAAUCAAGGAUCUUCGUAGAGUGAGUUAUAGGAGCGGUAAUUGAAUUGAUGGGAGGGAAGAGUUCUAGGGACGAUAGUUGGAGGCAAGCUUCGAGGUCAACUUCGUCUUCUUCGUGGAAUUACGAAUAUCCUCAAACAGCUUAUCCGCCUCAACAACCACAAGAAAGCUACAAUUACCCUGUUCAGCAUGCUUAUCCUUCAUAUGCCCCUCCUCCUCCCCAAGAGCAGCAAUAUCCCCCGCCUUCUCGAAAUUUUGCCUCUCAGAAUCAUGCGCCGCAGAGGAGGCUUGACCGGAAAUAUUCAAGGAUUGCAGAUAAUUACAAUUCAUUGGAGGAGGUAACUGAAGCUCUUGCACGUGCUGGACUGGAGUCAUCCAAUCUUAUUGUUGGUAUUGAUUUCACAAAGAGCAAUGAAUGGACGGGUAAGAAGUCAUUCAGUGGGCGAAGCUUACAUAACAUUGGACAUGGUCUUAAUCCCUACGAGCAAGCAAUCUCCAUUAUUGGGAAAACUUUGGCUGCCUUUGAUGAUGAUAACUUAAUCCCUUGUUUUGGAUUUGGAGAUGCAUCAACUCAUGAUCAAGAUGUAUUCAGUUUCUAUCCUGAUGAAAGAUUUUGCAAUGGUUUUGAGGAAGUUUUAUCUCAAUAUAGGGAAAUUGUCCCCCGACUAAAACUUGCAGGACCAACAUCUUUUGCACCAGUCAUUGAAAUGGCUAUGACUAUUGUUGAGCAGAGUGGAGGACAGUAUCAUGUUCUAUUAAUCAUUGCUGAUGGACAGGUAACCCGUAGUGUUGAUACUGGGCGUGGUCAAUUGAGUCCACAGGAACAAAAAACAGUGGAUGCAAUUGUAGAAGCAAGCAAGUUUCCCCUGUCUAUUAUUUUGGUUGGGGUUGGAGAUGGACCUUGGGACAUGAUGAAGGAGUUUGAUGAUAAUAUCCCAGCAAGGGAGUUUGAUAAUUUUCAGUUUGUCAAUUUUACCGAGAUAAUGUCAAAAUCAGUACCUCAGUCCCGGAAAGAAACAGAAUUUGCCCUUUCAGCAUUGAUGGAAAUUCCUUCACAAUAUAAAGCCACAAUGGAGCUUGGUCUCUUGGGUGAACAUAAAGGUAAAUCUCCUGGAAGGGUUGCCCUUCCCCCUCCCCUGUAUGGUCCGGCUUCUUUGAGUGGUUCAAAGCCCUCGAGGGGAACAAGUUUUCAGCAUACUUCAAGUUCUUACUAUGACUACAAGGACCCUGCUAGCACAGUUUCUAGUUUUCCACACACCUCAAGUUCUUACUAUGAUCCCAGAGGUGAACCUACUCCUUCUGCACCUGUCUCUACUUACGACAAUCAGGUUUGCCCCAUUUGCCUCACUAAUCCCAAAGAUAUGGCCUUUGGUUGUGGGCAUCAGACGUGUUGUGAUUGCGGGAAAGAGCUGGACCUCUGCCCAAUAUGUCGCAGUUCAAUUCAAACUAGGAUAAAACUGUAUUAAGCCAUGUAGUUUUCGUCCAAGAUUUUUCAACCCUUUCUCUGACAGAAUAGUAUUUGCAGUGGUUGGUUUGUGCGUUGUAAACAUUUGUUGAUUGGCAUUUUUUGAUUUGUUUUCUGAAUGAUUGAAAGGGAUGGAUGUCUUCGAUAAAUAAGCAUACUGUGUAUCCUUGUUUAGACCACCCUAGGUUAACAUUGUUGUGUAUUAAACUACUCCGUAUUAAUCUUGUUCCGUCCAGUCCGGAUGUCAUAUGUAUGUAUAUCUAUCUCCACUUGAAGGUGAAAUUUAAUUCGAUCAUUUCGACUA